CAGUCGACGGGCCAGCGGCGGGGCAGAGCGGAGCUGCGUGUUGGUUGGAGGAGGGUGCGAGCAAUCAGAGGACCGUACAGGAGAUGCCCUCCCAUUCUCACAGCUAUAAUGUCAGCGUGAGUACGAACUGGCUGAGGCAGGGGAGGGUGAUCAGUGUCCUUGACACGAUCAGAAGGUCAGAGAAGGGAGAGUUGGUGGGACCGAUAGGCGUCAGGAGCAGUGGUGAUCGGGAGAGAGGUGUUUGUUGCACGUCAGAGAGCCCUGCCAACCGACUGCUGACACAGGUUUACGGAUCACAAAAACGGCGUACGAUCUCGGACAGCAAAUGACCUGAUGGGAUUUUCAGGAUCCAAGCCAGUUCGUGAGCUACCGUAAGCCAAACGAGCCUCCCCGCAUUGGGGAGAUGCCCAGAAUUGGCGGCGAAAUGACGGAAAAGAAGGCGCAAAACGGAGCGAGCGAGCAGAAUGGGCAGACGAGUCAAAACGGCCAGGGGGUCCAGAACGGAGCCAAAGCUCCUGGCUCCAACUGGAGGAGCAACUACGUGCCGGCCAUCCUGGAGAGCGACAAGGGGGCAAAGAGCCCCGCAGAUACGGAGAAGGCGCCGGGCGGUCCCGAGGACCCUGUCUCUGAGGACGAGCACCCGGACCGCGGGCAGUGGGGCUCCAAAUGGGAGUUCAUCUUCUCCUGCGUGGGCCUCUCGGUGGGCAUUGGAAACGUGUGGCGGUUCCCGGCUCUGGCCUACGAGAACGGUGGAGGUGCCUUCCUGAUUCCGUACAUAAUCAUCCUGGUUCUGGUGGGGAAGCCGAUGUACCUGAUGGAAACUGCGCUGGGACAGUACAGCCAGCUCGGACCAAUGUCCGUCUGGAGCAUGGCGCCCAUCAUGAAAGGUGUUGGAGCGGCCAUGGUGAUCAUCUCCCUCAUCGUCUCCAUCUACUACAACGUCAUCAUGUGCUACACGCUCUUCUUCACGUUCGCCUCCUUCCAGAGCGGCAGCAUCGCGCCGUGGUCGUGGUGUAACACCGAGUUGUUUGCCACGGAUAAUUGUUACGUCCGGAACGCCUCGUUCCCGACCUGCAAGGCCCUGCAGAAGCUGGUGGAGACCAACAAGACGGACAUGCUGCCGGAGAUGGGCGUCAACUGCCACAACCGCUCCGAGCUGGCGGCGCAACAGUACUUCGAGAGGUACGUGCUGAAGCUGGGUCCGAUGUUGGACGAGCCCGGAGACAUUGGCAGUAUGAACUGGCAGCUCACCCUCUGUCUGCUCUUCUCUUGGAUCAUCGUCUUCUUCUGUCUGAUGAAGGGCGUUAAAAGCUCCGGCAAGGUUGUGUACGUGACUGCCACCGUUCCGUAUAUGUUCCUAAUUGCCAUUCUGGCGUACGGAUGCACCCUGGAUGGCGCCAUCGACGGCAUCAAGUUCUUCUUCAUUCCCAAGUGGGAGCGUCUCGCCGAUGUCACUGUUUGGCAGAAGGCCGCCGAGCAGAUGUUCUUCUCUCUCAGCGUCUCCUGGGGCGGCCUCAUCAUGUUCGGCUCCUACAACAAGUUCAACCACAAGGUCCACAUCGACGCCAUGGUCAUCUCCUCCCUGGACUUCUUGACUUCCAUCAUUGCCUCUGUAGCUGUGUUCAGCAUCCUCGGCUCGAUGGCGAGAUCGGGUGGAGUUGAAGUCGGUGAUGUGGUGAAGUCGGGACAGAAUCUGGCCUUCAUCGCCUUCCCAGAAGCGAUUGGAAACGUGCCCGGCUGGCAGCUCUGGUCGGUGCUGUUCUUCUUGAUGCUCUACACACUCGGACUGGACUCGGAGUUUGCGCUGCUGGAGACCUUCACGACAGCCAUCUACGAUACAAUCCCGUCCAGCAGAAACUACAAGGUUCUGAUCACAUUCGCGGCCUCCAGCAGUUGCUUCCUGCUCGGACUGCCCUGCGUUUCACAGGCCGGUCCGUACGUCCUGAAGCUGAUGGACACAUUCGGAGGACUGGGCGUCAUGCUGAUAGCCGUGUUCGAGCUAGUCGGUAUCAUGUGGGUGUACGGAGUGAACCGCUUCUGUGACAACAUCCAGUUCAUGAACGACUUCAAGCCGAGCAUCGUCUUCAAAGUGUGCUGGGUGCUCAUCGCGCCAUUCAUGCUCGGGAUUAUCUUCGUGUACUCGACGUACCAGUUUGAGCCGCCCACCUACGGUGACGAAGAGUACCCCACGUGGGCUGUCGGGGUUGGCUGGGCUUUGGCCGGAGUCUCCGUCCUACAGAUUCCCAUCUGGGGAUUGUGCGUGCUGGUUUACUACACCUUUAAGGGGAAUUUCCUCCAGUCGUUCCGUCCCCUGCCCAGCUGGGGUCCCGGCGACAAGGAGGCCAGAAAACGUCUGCUCUCGGUGCGCGGUCAGCUGAUGCGCCGCGAUGAGCUGCAUGGCGCCGACAAUGCCGCGCUGGAGGUAGAAUAGUGUUCAACCACCGAUGGUGAGACAGUAUCACGGAGAAGUGUUGGCUGUCAGCGCCUAUGAACGGUUACCCUGCCCGAGGUCAAGGAAUGUUCCGUCCACCUUUUAAACAAACAUUCCAACGAGUGAUUUAACUUUUCAUGGAUGUUUUAUCCGUGCGGUUGUCAUUUUGAGCCGUAGAAACAUUCCGUCCUCCAGGAAAGACGUUACAGUCCGUCCCAUACAAGUGUGGUGCUGUACAAUCGGUGCGCGGAAACUGCACGGAAACUGUGCGUGAUUUCCAGCAUUUUUGAAAUAGCCACACCAGCGUAUGCUGUAGAAAUGUGCGAUGGUUUUACAGCUUCAACCCAUACAAACUAGACAAGCAUUAUAAAAUUGAUCCUUCCAAAUAUAACCACGUUUUCUCGACUUUUCGUCCUGUUGCUUGUGCUCAAACUCUUCAGAACAUUUGGUACUGGUUUCGGACGAUGAAUAGCGCGCAGCAUGAUGUAUUUUGUUCGAUCAGCAUCGGAUGAGGCUACGUGCGCUGUCUGUUUUAACUGUAUUACAGUGGUGACAAGAGUGUCCUCGAGGUGCUGUUUUUAUGUAGCAUGGGGGGGGGGGGUAAAACAUGUCAUACUUUUACGGAACCUGCGUCAGUAACUAUUUGAAUGUAAUGUCUAAACAUCUGUAACAUUAUCAGUGUAUCUUAUGUUAACUCUUUUGGAAGCCAGUAUGCCCGUUACCUUUGCUCUGAUGUAGAUUGUGAAGUUUUCUUUGACGAUCAUGCCUCACUUUUACCACCUGAGUGAGAGAUCAGAGCAAUACGAUGUCAUGUAAUUGAGCGAGCUGUGUGAUGUGCAACAAUGAAAUGUAUAAAACUGUGGACAGAAUGUCGCCAUGGUGUUGUUUAUUUAGUGAGCGUACCUUGUAAGGAGAGCUUUGUGACCAACGGUGUUUGUGCUUCCAACGAGGAAUAUGAGUGUCCGGGUAUUUGAUAAAUAUAUGAUUACCGGAAAA